AUGGAGAGCAACAAGGACCUGUGCACCGUCGAGAGGCGCGGCCGCGUGCACCUCAUCACCAUCACCGGCGCCGGCGAGCACCGCCUGAACCCGGACCUCCUCGCGGCCCUCCGCUCUGCCGUGGCCGCCUCCGCAGGCGCGGGCGCGCUGGUGCUCGCCGCGGAGGGGAAGUUCUUCUCCAACGGGUUCGACCAGGCGUGGGCGCGCACGGCGCCGCCCCACCUCCACGGCACCAUGGACGGCGGGCUCCGCGCGCUGGUGGCCGACCUCCUGGCGCUGCGCAUGCCCACGGUGGCGGCGGUGACGGGCCACGCGGCGGCGGCCGGGUGCGCGCUGGCGCUGGUGCACGACGCCGUGCUCAUGCGCGGCUCCCGCGGGUUCCUGUACAUGAGCGAGGUCGACGUCGGCAUCAAGUUCGUCGACUUCGUCGCCGCCGUGCUCCGGGACAAGGUCCCCGACGCCGCGGCCAGGCGCGACCUGGUGCUGCGCGGGGACCGGGUGGCCGCGCCCGAGGCCGUGCGCCGGGGCCUCGUGGACGCCGCCAUCGACGGCGGCCCCGAGGACGUGGUGGCCGCUGCUGUCGCCGAGGCCGAGAGGCUGGCCGCCAGAGGGUGGGACGGGGAGGCCGUCGCCGAGAUCAGGAAGGCCGCGUGGCCCCAGCUCUGGGGCCAGGUCAAGGACCACGGCGCCGGGCCGGCGCCGGCGGGUGUGCGGCCGCGGCUCUAG